UAUCAGCUUUGUACUAAGUUUGCAAAGCCUUAGGACUUGAGGCUUGUCGUUCUUGCUCUGUCUGAACUUUUUUUGACCUGCCUGCAGCUUUGUUUUACUGGGGUUGGCUGUGACAGCAGUUUCUCUAAUUGACCAGGUGUCUAUGGCUAAUUUAUUUUACUUCUGUUAUCUCUGUAUGCUCUGACCAUAGUUUUAUAUAGAGCACGGUCGGUAAUAAGCAGGCCCUGGAGACCCCACAACUCACCAAUGGUCCGUUAAGGAAAUGCAGAUCUGGAGCCAAACAAAACUGAAUUUAAAGCUAACAAAGAGAGCAGAGAAAUAGUAUCUAACAGAGGUAACAGGCGCCUUAUAUAGCAAACUUGGAUAUAACGUGGAGCUGCAGGCCAAUGAAGAAAGAGCAACAAGUAGAAGUGCCUUAGCAAACAUACAAAAAUGACCCCAAGUGUAUCCUAGAGACAGAAAGAAGCAAGCAUCAACAUGAACAUCGUAUUCUUCUUGAUGAAGGACUCUAGGUGCUGACAACUUGCCGUAACACCCCACGUCCCACCAGAGUGACACCACCAACCUUAGGACCCAGAAAGUUGGAAUCCUUGCCAAGUCCUACAUUGAUCAAGGGCGGCUUAUUCCAGAUGAAAUCAUGACGCAACUGGUGCUGAGCGAGCUCAAAGGUCUAGAUCGGUACAACUGGCUGUUGGACGGUUUCCCUAGAACGGUUGCUCAGGCAGAAGCCCUGGAUAAACAGUGUCAAAUAGACACUGUGAUUGACCUAGACGUGCCAUUUGAGACCAUAAAGUACCGGCUCACUGCACGCUGGAUCCACCCUGCUAGUGGCAGAGUCUACAAUCUUGAAUUCAGUCCUCCCAAAGUGCUGGGCAUUGAUGAUAUUACUGGAGAGCCACUUGUUCAGCGUGAUGAUGAUAAGCCAGAGACGGUUACCAAGAGACUGCAGGCUUAUGAUGCCCAAACAAAACCUGUUCUAGAAUAUUAUCGGGAAAAAGGGUUGUUGAAAUCCUUCUCUGGAACAGAAACCAAUAAGAUCUGGCCACAUAUCCAUGCCUUCCUCCAAACGAAGUUGCCAGACGUAAGCCAGAAGGAUGCUGCCACCCCCAGGUGAAAUUAGCUCUAACUUCUGCUUACCUGUCAUAGCACAGACUUGAUUACAUGAGAUUCAACAAUCAAGGAUUUCACUAAGUAGUGUACCAGCCUGAUCAAUAAUUAAAAUCUAAUUUUGUCCUCAACUUACGUGGUGUUAACACUUUAA